GGAAGCUUCUCCGUUGGCACCUGUCAGCAGCACAAAUUCAACACCGACCGACUCAUGCUAUUAUCACGCAUUGCUACGACCUCCGCGCGAACCCUGGUGCGGCCUCGGGCCGCGCCGCUGGCAAGAUUUCUGCGCCACGGCAGCUCUCAGACCGUCCGCAGCACUGCAGCCCUCAUCGAUCCAGCGGUGCUGUCGCGCGACGACAGCUCGAAAGUAGGCCCCGGGCUGCACGCCGCGGAAAGCCUAGACGCCCUCUUGCACGGAAGCACGAAGAAACCGAACGCACAGAACGAUUUCACCGAGACGGCCGUCGCCGACGGCUACGCGUCGAUCGCGCCGACGCGGGCGCAGACGAUCGCGCAGCCGGAGCAGCCGGAAUUCACCGAAGUCGAAGCCGCGGACCACGCGUGGCGCCAGACGAACCACAUCUGGUCCAACGACGAGCUCGACCGGGUCAGCAUCGAAAAGCACGAGCCCGUGACGAUGAGUGAUCACUUUAUGAAGGGCGUGAUGAACGUCUUGUAUCACGGAUUCAACUUCGUCACUGGUUACGAUCCCGUGGACCCGUCGCCGCGGUCCGUCGCAUGGCGUUUGAUAAUCCUCGAGUCGUUUGCGGGCGUCCCUGGCUUUGUCGCUGCGGGCUUCCGCCACUUCUAUUCUCUACGUACACUGAAGCGCGAUCAUGGAGCCAUAUACACUUUUCUUGAAGAGGCUGAAAACGAGAGGAUGCAUCUCCUUGUCUGCCUCAAGAUGUUCGAAGCAAGUCCGGUAACUAGGGCGCUCUGCGUGGCCGCUCAAUUUGGCAUGACGCCGUUCCUCGCACUCACCUACGCGGUUCAUCCGGGUUCGAUGCACCGCUUCGUCGGUUAUUUGGAGGAGACCGCCGUCCAGACCUACGAUAACCUGGUCGAAAAGACGACGACGCCGGGCACGAAACUCCACGACGAGUGGGACGGCCUCGCCGCGCCGGGCAUCGCGAAAGCGUAUUGGAAGCUCCACGACGACGCGAAGUGGGUCGACUGCCUCCAGCACAUGCUCGCGGACGAGAGUCACCAUCGCGACGUGAACCACACGUUCGCGACUCUUCCGGAAGGCGCCCCGAACCCCUUCAUUUCGCAACACAUGAAGGACUUCGACCGCGCAGCGACUGCGCACGCGGUCAAGAAACUCAACCAAUAAGU